AUGUCAUCUCUUCCGCUGAGUGAAAGAAAAGCCUGCCUCGGGUGUGCAAGGGCGAAAAGGACAUGCGACAAACAAAUGCCAAAUUGCCAAAGAUGUGCUGAGAGAAACCUCGAUUGUCGAUAUCCGACGACCCGGAGAUACUGCCGUGCUCCUCCUCCGGCAUCUGUGCGACAAGACAGGGUCAGUACAGCGAACGCUCUCAUCCCGUAUGCGGGCCAUGUGCAAUCGCAAGCCUCUAGAAGGCGAGCCGACUCCGACAACACGGCAACAGGCCAUGGCAUAUCGGAUCCGCCAACGGCACAUUCUCCGACAGCCGCCACGGUCACCCACAGGCUCUGGUUCCUGGAAUUGGAGACCUGGGCAAUUCGCAAUACCGGUACAAGCACAUGCCGCUUCAAUCCUGGGCCUAUCCGUGUUUCCCUGGGCCACAAAAGCUGGACGUCAAGCCUCGAGGAUUGGUUACGGCAGUGGGUCGAAGAAGGCUGUAAUCCAUUCAUUCACAAGCAGCUUUACUUGGACACAGGCCUGCCACAAUGCCUCCAGGAGGCCUGGACAACGCUCACUGCUUACUUCGCCAAGACGACUCUUAACGAGCAUAUAGUCAUGAAGAUCAUCGAAGACCGUGCCGACAGGCUUCUGCAAACACAAAUUUACCAUGAUGACUCUUUGAUGGCGGUCCCUGGCCUUGGGACUAUCGAACACCUAGCUCGAGUUCAGGCCCUCUUUAUAUACGAAUAUCUUCGUCUUUAUGAUGGCUCCAUACGCCAGCGGGCUCUAGCGGAAAGCAGCAUCCAAACCCUGCUGACAUGGUGCGCGCAGCUUUGGCAAUCGGCCACUUUGGAUGCGGAUCGCGAGAUGCAACUUUUUCGCAGCCCAGAGCCGAACAGGCUUGAUGCCACGGGUGAACUGGCAACCUUUCCACACUGGAGAGCAUGGGUUCUUAGUGAAAGUGUACGGCGCACAUGGCUUGUUUGCCAUAGCACAUUGGCAGCGUACUUCAGAGAAAGAGAUGGCUGGAAUGAAUGCACCGGAGAGAUCAAGUUUACAGCCUCACAGGGCUUAUGGGAUGCAACUUCAUCGGGAUCAUGGGCAGAGCUGGCUUGUGGAAGAGAACCUCUGUUUGUCAGAAGUUUGCAUGUCGAUGAGCUUUUAACAACUGCUGUGCCCACAGAAGUCGACAGCUUCUCGACAGCCUUCAUGUCUCUUUUGAUGGGGAGGGAAAAGUUAGACAGCUGGGCCGCAAGCCCGCCAUGUAUCGAUGGCACGGCUAUGAGCCUGGGGGCCGACUUUCCCUCUGCGUAG